UUUGACAGCCGAUCAAUUGUUCUGCUGUUGCAACACCAUGAUUGCGACAGGCUCUCUUUCGUGUUCCUCUCUCGAUUUUUCGAGCUCCUUGCCCGCGCUAUCACGACACAAUGGACUAUCUUAGGACGCUUGGCUCUGCCGCUGUCUCGACACUGGUACAGAAAUCCGGGCUCACGCUGCCUUUCACCCUCGGCCCCAAGGUAACCACAUUCGAAGGCGUAUGGACGUUGUACGAUGCCACAAAGCGGGAUGAUGGAACGCAAGUCUCCGUAUUCGAAUACGAUUGUACGGCCCGACGCGGGAUGCUCCCGAUAGCGAAGAACGCGCUGCGGAAACUACGCACGACACGACAUCCGGAUGUGCUCAAGUUUAUCGAUGCUGUUGAAACAGAAACUACGAUUCACAUCAUGACGGAACGCGUUCGGCCGCUUCAGGCGCUGCUGAAUUCGUGGUCUGGCCGUGAUGCUCAGGAGCGGGAGGAUUGGUUAUUAUGGGGCCUGCAUCGCGUUUCUGUAGCUUUGGCGUUCUUGAACGACUCUUGCGCAUCUACACAUGGCAAUAUCAGGGUCAACUCGCUAUUCAUAUCGCCCUCCGGAGAAUGGAGGCUCGGUGGAUUUGAUCUUCUCAGUAAUCCAAAGGAGGAGGGGGCGGUUCUCUACACUUUGGGUGGGCAGCUUCCCGAGGCUGGUGCCUGGGCAUCUCCCGAGGUGAAGAAAGGUGGUUGGUCGGUGAUCAAAGAAAACGAGCCCGCCGCCGCCGACGCCUACGCUCUCGGUCUACUACUACAUGCUGUUUUCAAUCCGAGCCAUCCUCCACCGGCCACCGCGAAUCCACCCCAUCCUCCACCCCAGCCUUCGUCUCGUGGCGCUAUCCCAAACUCGAUUUUUCCGUCGUUCAAGAAGUUACUCAACCCUAACCCCAAGGGACGCUUGACUGCGAAGGGAUUUCUUGCCAUCGGUAUGGCGGAGACAGGCUUUUUCGCCAACAACAGAUUGGUCAAAGUCUGCCUCGGUCUCGACAACUAUGCGCUCAGCAGCGAGUCUGAUAAGGCUCUCCUUCUUCGCACCUUGAGCGAAACCGCCAAUUCAUUCCCGCCGGAAUUCGCAUCGUUCCGGGUGCUGCCGUCUUUGGUUUCUGCUCUGGAGUUCGGAGGUGCAUCUGCUGCGACGAUUCUUCCUCUUGUACUGAGGUUCGGCAAGAACGUAUCACCCGAGGACUAUCCGAAUGUUGUACUUGCCCCUCUAGUCAAAUUAUAUGCAAGCCCGGACAGAGGCACCAGGAUGGCUUUGCUGGAUCAUCUACCUGAAUAUGCUGAUCGACUAGAUAAGAAGACGGUGGACACCAAAGUGUUUCCUCACCUCCAAACGGGAUUCUCGGACACAGUCGCUGUGAUCCGUGAAGCCACUGUCCGGUCCAUAACGUUGAUUGCGCCUCACCUAUCAGACCGGAUACUCAACAACGAACUGCUCCGCUUUCUGGCAAAGAUGCAAUCUGACCCGGAAGCAUCUAUCCGCACCAACACCUGCAUCCUCAUUGGUCGGUUGGCUCCGACACUCGGGUACAACACGAAACGGAAAGUUCUCGUCCCCGCAUUCUCACGUGCAUUGAAGGAUCCCUUCGUGCAUGCCCGGGUUGCGGGUCUGAUGGCGUUCAUGGCGACGAUCGACUGUUUCGACAUUGAGGAUCUCGCUACCAAAGUCAUCCCGAAUGUGUCUUCCUCGUUGAUAGACAAGGAAAAGCUGGUUCGAGACCAGGCAUUCAAGGCAAUGGAGCUCUUCGUCAAGAAGUUGGAAAGCCAUGCAGCUGAAAUGCCUGAGACCGCUGCCCCCGCUGUUAGCGACGCGCUCGGUGUCACUGCACCGGCUCAGGCCACCAUGGUCAACUCGGCUGCCGGUGCCGCCGGUGCUUUGGCUGGCUGGGCCAUUUCAUCCCUCGGCAGAACGCUUGCUACCUCUGAGCUACAGACCGGGAUCGCCGCCACCAUUGAGCGACCGACCUCAGCACCUGGCCCCGCUGCUCUCCCAGCCAUCCAAGCUGUCUCAGCAAAUGGAUCCGGAAGCAGGAGCGGAGUCUCAACACCCAAACCUUCCAAGUCAAAAGCGAUGCAACUCGGCGCAAACAAGAUCCCGCCGAGUGUUGCUGCAGCUGCGUUGGCCGAACAACUUGCUGAAGAAGCGGCAGCUUCAGCUGCUGAUAUCGACGGCAACCCAUGGGAAAGCGAAGACCUCAUGGACGUGAAUGCCGAUGCCGAUGAUUGGAGCGCUUUCGAGACUGCACCGGCAGAAGGACAGGACGAGUUCCCCGUGUCGCCAGGAAUCGAUGCAUGGGGAGCCGAGUCUAAUUAUACCGCUGCACAGUCUAUGCUCAAUACCCAGCCAAUCACUCCGAAAGUUUCCACUCGAGCUCGAUCGCCAACUCCUAUUCGAUCGCCGCCAGCCCGAUCGCCGCCCGCUCCGGAGCAUGACAAUUGGGCUACAGGGGGUUGGGACGACACACCGGCCGGAAAACCCCAGUCACCGAUUCCAUCCGCCUCGACAACAAGUCCAACGCCCUUACUGACGAAAGAAGAGAAGGCUGCGGAGAUGGCGCGUCGGAAAGAGGAGCGAAAACAGCGCAUUGCCCAGAUGAAGGAGCAGAAAAAGUCGUCCGGGAAGUCAUAGAUAGUCUGGGCCGCCUGGAUCUCAGCGUGGCACCUCUGUUGUAGACACAGUCGUUUUCUCUUUAUCUUCCUCAGGAUCCUGUAGGUCCUCGAUCGGGAUGCGGACAAGUUGCUGGCCUACGACAUCAUUUUCCUCGGCGCUGUCCUUAUUGGUACCCGAAA